UCUCAGAGGCGUUGCCUGAGACCGUGUGAAGUGUGCGCCGAUUUUCUUCCCUUCAACAGCUUCUGUGAGAUGUUCCUCAUCUGCCAUGGCAAGAGGUCUGUUUCCAUGGGGGUUCUUCAGAAAGCCUCUGUACAUCCAGGCCAAAUUUUCCUAUCUGCACAUGAAGUACCUGUUCUUCUCCUGGCUGGCGGUGUUUGUGGGGAGCUGGAUAGUGUACGUAGAGUACUCGUCCUACACAGAGCUGUGUCGUGGGCACGAAUGCAAAAAUUCAAUAUGUGACAAAUACAGGAAAGGAGUCAUUGACGGCUCAGCCUGCAGCAGCCUGUGUGAGAAGGGCACACUAUACUUGGGGAAGUGCUUCACUGCCAAGCCCAACAACCAGGUGUACUCUGGGAGCUGGGGAGAUUUGGAGGGAGUCAUUAAGUGCCAGAUGGAGGAGGCUCCUCAUUAUGAUUUGGGAAGUGAGAUGGAGCCCCGGAAGGAGGCUGCGGCCUUCAAUAAGCCCACUAAGGGGACCUCUGUGGAGAAGUUCAGAGAGAUGAUCAUCAACCACCUAAAGGCUAAAGUGGGGGAUCAGGCCAACCUUGCUGACCUGGCAACCCAAGUAUUGUCCAUAACAGAUUCCAACAAAGACGGCCACAUCUCGCUGCCUGAGGCUCGCUCCACGUGGGCUCUGCUGCAGCUCAAUGAAUUCCUCUUAGCUUUAGUCCUGCAGGACAGAGAGCACACUCCCAAACUGCUGGGCUUCUGUGGAGACCUGUACGUGAUGGAGAAGGUGCCACAUUCUCCCCUGUACGGGAUCAGUCUACCGUGGAUCAUCGAGGUGUGGAUUCCUGCCGGGCUGCGCCGCAGCAUGGACCAAUGGUUCACUCCCUCUUGGCCGCACAAGGCCAAGAUCUCAAUCGGACUGCUGGAACUGGUGGAAGAUGUUUUCCACGGCACUUUCGGCAGCUUCCUCAUGUGCGACGUGAGCGCCACCAGAUUCGGCUACAACGAUCAGCACGACCUGAAGGUGAUGGAUGCACGAUACAUUGUUCCCGAAGCCAUCUUCCAAGAAAAUGUCAGGCAGCAACGGUGCGACGUGGACGAGGAUUGUGUCUACGGCUCAGACUGCCUCACUUCCUGUGACCUCACCAAGCACCGCUGCACGCCCGAGGUCACCAGGCCCAACUUAGCCAAAGCCUGCGAGGCACUUAAAGACUACAUCCUGAGAGGAGCCCCGUCCGACGUCAGGGAGGAGCUGGAGAAGCAGCUGUACGCUUGCAUCGCACUGAAAGGGUCAGCAGAACAGAUGGAAAUAGAGCACUCACUAAUUUUGAACAAUCUCAAGACUUUGCUAUGGAAGAAAAUUUCUCAUACAAAAGACUCGUAAUAAAAUAAGCAAGCAUACACAGCGGCACAAAGACCGAUUCCUGUCCCUUAUUUCUGAAUUAAAUAUUGGACAUUUGCACUGUGGAAACAUAUAGGAUCCCCUUUCAUCUUAAUUUGUGUAACUGAUGUUUUAUCCUGAAGCAGUUGUCAAGGAAAACCACUUUAAUAAAUCAAAGGAAACUUUAAUAUACUGGAGCAAAA